AUGGAACCAUUCGUGUGGCGGUCAGCGCCCCCUUUUUUUCUCCUCUGUGUUGCUGCACCUCCACUCUCCUCUCUGCAAAAAAAAAAAAUUCAUUCUUCGUCGAAGUUGGUUUCACUGUCCGGACCGUUGAUGUUCAUUUUAGUUGCGUUUCCUUGCUUAUUACUAUUAUUAUUAUUAUUCAAUGCUUUGUUUGUUUGCGUGUUUUUGGUGUACGGUGUUCUGUGGGCCUGUUUGCACGCCAGGGAUGCGAGGCGAGUCAAAGGAAACGAGUACUGGGGAGUCGGAUCACGAGCGCCUAAAAUGCUAAAGGAAGUCUAUGUGUUCUUUCUAGGAUGUACGACGCGUCUUGAAACGGUUCGUCUUGUGCACGCACCACCCGCUUCGGAGAGCAAGCGUGCAAACUGGGCCGGCGAUUCUUCGUGGCUGCUCCUCUUCUCUGUUUUUACUCCCGUUUCCCUUUUCUUGGCUUCAUCGAUGUUUGCUUACAACGCCGGUUGCGAUGUUUUCAUAUCUUUUCAUUCUUUGUCGCUUUCUAGAGAACUUCUUUUGUUAUAUUUUUCAUCGCUUUGUGUGAGGUUUAAUGCGUGUUUGUAUGCAUUGACUAUUGGCGUAUGUGCGCAUGUGUGUGUUGUGCUGCAGGACCUUUCAUGGCAAAGAAAGAAAACAUGCAGCUGCGUUGUCCACUCGCAACUCUCUUCCCCUCUCUCAUUCGACUUCAACUAUUUAGCCAACUGUUUCUGCGCUGGGACGGUUGCGUUAAGAGGCUCUUCUACUAUUCCUCUUAUUGUUGUUGUUAUGAUGAUGAUGUCUACAGCUGCAUUCUCUGUAGCAGCUUCUAAGCGUACGAGUGAAAACCCCCAAAAGAUUUAA